AUGGCGGCUGUCUGCCGCGGCUUCUCUGCCGCCCUGCCCUGCUUCUUCUCUGCCGCGCAUCCUGGGCGGCCGGCGCAGAGCAACCACAGAAAAGAGAACAAGUGCGUCUUCUGCAAUGAUGCCUGGAUGGCUCAGACUUGCCUCACCGUUGGGGGGCGUCGCAGCAUCACGCGCUCCUUGAAGGCUUUCCGGCAGGCAUACCAAGAGCGCCCCUACAUCUACAACGUGGCCAUGAUGCGGGUCCCGGACGAGCGGCGCGAGAGCUUCCACGCAGCGGCGCUGGAGGAGCGGCGCCGGCCAGCCAACAAGCCUCGCGGUGCCCCUGCGAGCUCUCAGGCCACUGCAGUAAAGGAGGAAUGGCAGCAAUGCCUCACCAAUCGCAAGCGUGCUUUCAAGAAGCUGCGGAGUAAGGAGGUUACGGCGUACAAGAAGCGGCGCACAGCAGACCGCAACCGGGUGGUCAAGAAGUUCUUCCUGGACAACGACCUCUCGGCGCCCGAAGAGCUCGCCGACGUGGCCCCCAACGACUCGGGCACGCCGGCCCCUGCAGUUUCGGAACGGGCCAGGUUCGUGGAGCUCUGGUGCAAGCUAGGAUGCUGGGGCAUCUGCGAGGAUUGCCGCUCGCUGCAGCCGCGGCCUUUGGAGCCGAUUGACACACGGCGCGUGGCCAAGGCUGAAAUCAGGCCAAGACCUGCAAGCAGUGCCACGGCAAUGUGCGAGACCACGGAGCGUGCCACAGACUCCCGGCGGGUGGCUGCGGCAUUGGCCAGAAACGCGGCAUUGAGCGAGGACGAGGGCGAAGAGGAGCAACCAGCAGACUCCGGUCGCCAUAGCGUCAAGCGGAGCUUUAUGCGCAAGGUCCUGAGUCCGCUCAUCGGGUACAGCCAGGAUUUCGAGCUGCUGCAGUUCGUGUACGACCUCACCCUGUGGUCGCGCGUCGGAGGCGGCAAGAAUGCCUGUGCCGGUCUGCCAUUGCGCUUGGUCCUCAAGGGCGAAACCUUCUCGCCAUUGUACUGGAAGACCAAGCACCAGGCGCUCGUAGACAUGCAGCGUCAGUGCGGCUUCCCGACGUUGUUCAAGACCAUGGCCCCGAUGCAGCUGGCGGGCCUGGAGACCCUGCGCACUGCCCACGUGUUCACGGAGCUGAACCGCGGCCUCUACUCCGGCAUGAACAAGACCGCCGCGCAGGACGGCUGGAAGGAUCACAUCUUGGCCGCGCGCCAGGCUGACGUGCGGACCGUCGUGAACUACUUUCAACGCCUGGAGUUCCAGGAUGGAAAGCGCAAGUUGCCGACCCAGGACUAUCACGGCAGCGGCAGGGUGCACGUGCACAGCCUCGACUACCUCCAGAACGUUGAGCACGUGGGGCUGGAGUCCAAGAUAGCGCCGGUGCUCCGAGGCUACAUGCUCGGUCGCCCGCACGGCCGCAGUGACAGUGGUUGGCCA